ACCAUUUCAUUCCCUUUACACCUCGAAUAUCCACCAAAAAUGAAGUUCGCAUUUGGUCCUUUCUUGAUCGCUUUAAUCCUUUGCAUCGCCGUGGUCUCUUCUUAUCCGACUCACAAGAAAUGCAAGAAGCUUCACAAGCCAAUCUCCAUUCACAAGAAACCCGUAGACAAUGACGAUGACUACGGAAAUGGUUACCCCCAUGACGGUGAUGUUGAUCAAUGGAAACACGACGAUGUUGAUCAAUGGAAACACGAAGAUGUUGACAAUGAUGAUUACUGGAAAGGUCAUCCCAAAGACG